AACCUAGCGAUGAUUUCAGUUAUUUCUACUCAGGCUCCUGAGGCGCCACCUAAAGGGUCUUUCCCCUCCACACGGCAACAGAUGACCCUGACGCUCAGGAGAAGUUGUUACACUUUGUUCUAAUGUUAAAGUUCGUUAAACGUCAAACGACUUCUCAUGUCGCCGCCGCCGCAAUUAUUUCCCCGGGACACGCAGCUCUCUGAUUGGCUGUUUGACGCACGCGUUCAGAAUGAGCUCCGAGGUUUGUCCGUCCUGUGGGAAAACCUUCAAAAGGCUGAAGAGUCACCUCCCACAUUGUAAAGCAGCGAACUCCCAAACGAACCCGACCGGAAGUCACGUCGGAGCGAAUCAGACGACAUCGUCUUCUCCGCUGGGCGCAGGCGACAGUGAACCGACGGCGAAGGGGAAGAAGUCCAGAGAGUCAUUGUCAAUGGCAGCAAGUCCACGGGCGAAGAAAAGCACAACAUCCGCACCAGCACAGACGUCUGACAGCACAGGCUCGAGUUCUUCUUCACCUCCUCCAUCAACUAAGAAGAAGAGGGAGAAGCUAUCAGAACAAAUCAAGUUGGCCAGCACGCCGUCCUCCACCACUACCUCCCUCACCUCCUCUCCGCCGCUGUCUCCACCUUCCAUCGCCUCUAAGCCGAAAAAGAAGAGUCUCCGUGCUCUGAUAGAAGCUACAAACACGGACCGAGCCGCUAAAGGAUCCCUGGAAGGAACCGGAUCUGCCUCAGAAGACUUGCUCUCAGGUUCCACUCCUGUUUUAGCAGAUCCUCUAAGCUCCAGAACCUUUAACCCUCCAGAAACCUACAUUAAGACAGACGGCAUCACUUUGUCCGCUCUGUCCACAGACACCAAACCCAAAGAAGCCUCUAAAAAGAAGGCGUCAAAGACGAAGAGGGCUGAACAAUCCCCUCCCACAACCAAAGAGCCAGACUCUGACUCUUUAGAUUCUGGAUUCAAUAACAGGCCUCACGUAAGAGACGACCUCUGGGUGGAUAACGUGAAGGAAACAGAGGAUUCUAAUGUGACCAUUUUGACAUCGGGAAGUGGGGACCAGGCCAGGAUCACCAUCCAGGAUGCUAAAGGCCUUUUAGGCCGAACUAAAACCAGCACAACCAGCAAGAAGAGAAUCCUGAGUGAGACUGAAACUACAGACGACCUGAGCAGCAACAACAGACUUGACACUCGUCUCAGAGCAGUGACGGUUCCAGCAGAGACUGGAAAAGAUGUUGUUCGCUGCUUGGUAACAACUCAAACUGUGUCGGAGCAGCUGCUCAGCGCCAGUUCACAACAAACUGAAUUAUUACCAGUGAAGGAAAGAAGCUCAAAGUCUAAAGAAGCCUUUUUAAUCCCUCUGGAACACGAUGGUUCCUCUCAACCCAAACUCUUCUUCCCGGAAACUCCCCUGAGCCAAACUUCCCCUCCUCCAGGUUCAGUCGGCGCGAUCCAGGGGCAGAAGGUCGGCCGUCACAUGGCAGAACUCCUCUCGCUGCCACUGUCAACCAUCCAGUUCUCCAGUCCUCGUCUUUUACCUCUGACCACACCAAGGCCGCUGGCAAGGGUGGAGACGUCGAGAGCUGCUGAUUGGCUGAUCCUGGAGGACAGGAAACAAAACGCUGCUCUCACUCGAAAGGAAGAGGCUGUGACACGGCCGAGUCUCGGACAGGUGAAGCUGAGGGAGUUACCUCAGUGGCUCGGCUGCAGAGUCCCCAGUCGUCCAAGAGACGCAGUGGAAAUAGCGCAGAGAGGCUGGCAGUGGUAUUACAGGAGAUACAUCGACGUGAGGAAAGGUGGUGUGGGUGGACUGGGCAUCCUGUUAGCAGGAUACUGUGUGCUAAGCUACAUCUGGAGCUACCCUCAUAUAAAGCACGAUCGCUGGAGGAAGUACCACUGAGGUCGAGAGAAGAUGUUUGGACAAGCGAGCGUGGACACGGAAACAACAUCUGUAGCAGGAGGAGUUUUUGUUUAAAGGAGCCAUAUCAAGGUUUUUUCCGUUUUUCACAUAUGUCAUGCCUAGCGUCUAGUCUGACACGCCCCCUAACAAAGUCAGGUAAAGCUAGAGCGGAGGCCGAUGUUUCCUUCAAGCACUGGAGGUGGUUGACCAAUCAGAACAGAGUGAACCAGCUGGCCAAUCAGAGCAGGCUGGGCUUCAUCAGGAGGAGGGCCUUAAAGAGACAGGAGCUGAGUGUUUCAGACAGCGGCUCAAAAGAGGAGCUGCAGCGAUGGACUUCUAGAAAUAGGACAGUGAUGUGUUUUCUGAACAUUGGAGCUUGUAAACCCUUUCAUGUAAGAGCUCAGAUUUAAGUUAUCACCCUGAAUAUGAGUAUAGUGAGUCUCCUUUAAACUAAAAAAGACAAAACCUUUAGAACCAGUGAGCUUUGAAGACGUUGGAAGACAAAUUCUGUUUGUUUUUUACGUUCUGGCUGCUUUUUAUUUAACUGACAAAUAUGGAAGAAGAAUCGAUCCUCUUAUGAAAUUCUCCGCAUCACAGAUGUCUUCUAAAAACCAGUCCUUUACCAACUGGUCGAGUUGUUAUUCAGAGAUUCGUAGUUUAAUGCUCACUUGACCACUCACACCACUGCAGUUUAAUCUAUUCUAUUUAUUUUUAUUUUCUAUUUAUGUUAUAUCAGAUUGAGAGAAAUAUUUAGAAGAAAAAUUAUUGGGAUAAAUAGAUUUUUUUUGAGUUUAACGAAUGUUUUCAUUUGACAAUCCAAAAUAGUUUCAGCUCUGACAUGUGUUCAGAGUCCCGCUGUGUCCCCGGGACUCCACUAGGGGUCAUUGUUGAGUUGUGUUAAUAAGAUUGUGUGGGUUGAGCAGUCCAAUGUUUUCUUUGCUCCUGCAGAGGCUUUGGCGCCGAGGUCCACGAGAGGAUUUAAGGGAACAAACAGUUUUUUAACUUGAUCAAAAUCUUCGUGAGGAAGCUCAGACGUGAUGAAACGUGACACACCCUCACAUCAGCAUCCAUGAGGAGAUUCUAUCUGUGAAGCGGAGAGUCGCAAAUCUGUGUUUUCUUUGGAAACGCUUCCCCUGUCACAUGUUGUUACUCUGCAUGCUGAGUCUGUGAGUGGCUGUGUGAACACUCGCUGAAUAGUAAUGGAGGGACACUGAAGGAGGCUCUCAGCCGGACUGGACCAGUUUCUCAUUGUAUUCAAAAUGAAUUUAUUGUUGACUCCCCUUCGCUGCUGUAGUGAACACACACGAGCUACAAAUGAAGAAAUGACAGUGUUUUUGUAGUUUUCUUCCUCUUUUUUUUCUGAAGCUGCUUCUUGGCAAACACAAUAAAAAAUAAUUUCCAUUUUC